GAGGGCGAUGGAGGGGGAGUCCCCGGGCCCCGGGGAGCAGGCGCUGCAGGAGUUCCAGGCCCUGGUGGAGCUGGUCGGGGGGAAGCCGGAGGUGCUGCUGGUCGGGGAGGUGCUGGAAGCGGGGGAGACCCGGGCGCUGCUGGGGGCUUUUGCCCAGGAGCUCUUCGGGGAGCGGCCCGGGGACCCGGCGGGCGGCGGGGGGGAGCCGGGGGGGCGGCCCGGGGACCAGGCGGGCGGCGGGGCGCGCCGCCUCCCAGGUCCGGGUGUGCCUCGGCCCCGGCGGCGCCGGCCGGGAGAUCCGCUCCCGCUCAUCUUCCUGCUGUGCCGGGCCGGCUCCCUGCAGGCGCGGCGGGCCCGGGCCCGCCUGCGGGAGAUCGCGCGGGACCUGCGGAGCCGGCUGCCCCGGGGCCCGCCGGCCGCCCUGGUGGGGGUGAUCGUGCAGCCCGGCCCCGGCGAGGAGGAGGCGGCGGCGGCGCUGCUGGAGACGCUGCUCCGCGAGGUCUUCCAGGGGCAGCGGGCCGGGCGGCAGGACACGGUGCAAGCGGCCGCCUACAGCCCCGGCCGCCCGGACGGGACGCGGGAGGUCCGGAGAGCCGCCUGCCGAGCCCUGCGAGCGGCCCUGCAGCACCGAGCAGGUGGGGAGGAGAGAGAGAAGCGGAGAUUCCCCUCCCUCCUGCGGUGCGUCCCCUGGGGCAGGAAGAGCCGGAGAAGAAGCCGAUCGGCUAAUGCUGCCAACAACCUUCAUGAGGGUGGCCUGCAGGACCCCGAGGAGGGAGUGGCUCUGACAGGCAUGUCGCUAAACGGAAACUGUGAAGAAGCAAGCAGAGGCACAGGCGCUUAAAGCUGCUGGAUGGCGUCAAGGAACCACCCUUGCUGAUUUGCUCUUGUAGCAUGAGGACGACGGGCUGAAUUCACCCUGGUGAUCUUCUGGAAAGGGGACAUGGAAGCCAUCAGCCAGCUCUUGGGAAAAGCUGCUACCUUCUGUAGCAACAGUGUCCGAGCCAGAUAACCGUCCUGCUCCCACCCCACCAUUGCUGCAGCAAAACCCAGAGGAGGGUUAUGUUCUGCCACCCGGUAGAGUUCAUUUGUAGAUGCAUCCAAUGGAAUUUCUUAAAGGCCCACAGUCCAUUUUAGCAUUUCACGGGGUGUGUGACAGUGCAGGAAUCCCAGGUAUAAAACAUGCUCUGCUGCUAGAAGAGAGAGUCUCUCAUUUGAAGAACAAAAUUCCCCGUCCAAGAGGCCUUCCGGGUUUCUUUGCUGAUGAAACCAAUCUUCUGCCUUGCCCUCGUGCUUUAUUGCUGUUCUAAAGCUCCAGAUAACGGCCUCAAUAGACCUUCCAUUUUCUGUUAUGGCUCCCCCAUUAGGAAACAACAGGCAAGUGGGGGAGAAAGCGAUGGAGCUGCAGGGAGGUCACGGUGCGACUGCUCGUCUCCGUGUACAGGCCUUGGGACAUACUGGCGAGUUGAAGAGGAUUGAAUGCAAUAAUCUAAUGUGAAGAAAGGCAAUAAUUGCUACUGUCAUGCCGUACGAUCACGUGCACGAUGCAGAAGUCACUGAUGGUCAUGUCAAUAGGAGAGCGGUCUGAGAGAGCCGUUCAUUCCAUACGGCUAGUCCUGGUGCUAAGUGAGUGAUUUACAGGUUGCAUUGGAGGCAGAGCAACCAACAGUGCUUAUAGCAUUUCCACGUUCCGAUGGGGGUGACAGAUGUCCAUUCCCCUACCCCCCAACUUCUUAACCGUGGGAUCCCAACAACCACACGGCUUUCAGGCCCCGAAGAUCACCCCAUACAUUCAUCUCUCUUAAAGAUGUGACUUAAUAUAUUGUUUUUAGGCAAUACAAUCUAUAUAUUUAAUAGUUUUCAGAGGUAUUUUUUUAACCUGUCUGACAACCAAUUGUUUUAAUUAGGCUUUUAUUUCCAUGGAGUAUUAAUGGGACACUGGGUAUGUCCAGCUUCAACAUAACAAAUGUUUGAGUUUGGCUUGGUUUUCCUUGCUCUCUGUUGCGCGUUUUCAUCUGGAUCAGGCUGUUGGCAGGACACUCUCGCCUCAAUUAUGUCCCAUCUCACUGUCCUCCAGGCUUGCUGGGAGGCUCUUUCAUUUGGGUCAGUCCAUCAACAAUUGUUUUGUCUUUCUUUGGUUGGCAGAGAAGUGGCUUAUAACUGAGCACUGUGUAAUCCUAGCGAAUCCAAACUCCUGAUGAGAUGAAAAUUGGUCAUGUCCCUCGCGAGAGCAAUGUGCCUUAGGCAUUCCUUAUCGUUUGUGUAGAGUAGGGAGUGGGCAGUCAGGACACCUCGGUUCUGUAUCCAGCUCUGACCAUGGACAAAUCAUUUAAUUUCUCUGUGCUUCAAUUUCCUCAACUGGAGAAUGGGGAUUUUGAUACGUACCUACCUCACACAGGAGCUGCAAGGCCUCAUUAAUUUCUGACAAGUGCUAUGAGAUCCUUGGAGGUGCCAGAGAAGGGCAAUGGGAGAACAAGGGUGUACUAUAGUCUACAUGUCUGGGGUCUCCCAAUGGUGCUGCAGUGAUGUUUCUGCUCUAUGAAAGCAGCUCGCUGCAUCUGGGGUGAUUGGGUGGCUGCUGAGCAGUGGAAAAAAGCAUUAGGUGUCAGGGUGAGGGGAGUGGGAGGGACAGAGUAGCUGGGUAAGUGGGGAAAAGUUUUCUCUGAUCCUCUACGGGUGUUUGAAGAAAUUAUUUGGUGGAAUUUUACAUUGUAAUUAAGGUCACUUGAAAACUUUGCUGCUGAAAGUCUUUGUGGCUUAUGACUUAGGCCUUGUCAACAUAUAUGUGUUCGUUCAGUUUAACCUAAGGUGAGACUUUAAUCCCAGUAUAACACACUCUGUGGGGACACUUAUCCUGGUCUGAGAGUGCCUUUUAUUUAAAUUUAGCUUGUAUCACUUGGGAAGGGGUUUAAGCUAAACUGAAAAAAGCCACUCUUAUGUGUGUCCACACCUGGAGUUAUACCUGGGUAAAACUUUCCUGUGUAGACAAGGCUUUCAACAGAACCUAGAAGGUAGAUAAUACAGUAGAACCUCAGAGUUAUGAACACCGGAGUUAUGAACUGUCCGGUCAACCACACACCACGUUUGGAACCAGAAGUACACAAUCAGGCAGCAGUAGAGACAAAACCCAAAUACAGUACAGUCCUGUGUUAAAAGUAAACUACUUAAAAAAAAAAAAAGGGGUGGGGGAGUUUAAAAAAAAGAUUUGACAAGGUUAGGAAACCUUUUCUGUGCUAGUUUCAUUUAAAUUAAGAUUGUUAAAA